AUGAUAAACAACAAAAAAGAAACAAUUUUAAAGAUAUGUUUUAUUGGAGGUGAAUCAGUUUUUAAGACAACUGUCUCAAAGAGGCUGGCUACUCACUUCAACACAAGCUAUGUCGAAGAGUAUGCAAGGAUAUAUUUCAAAGAUAGAGAUUUCAACCUUAAUCCGUUUGUAAAUAAUGAUUUUAUAAAUGUUUGUAAAGGUCAAUUGGAGUUGGAACAACAAUUAAUGGUUGAUAAUCAUACUCAAAACCUAUUGAUGUGUGAUACUUGUCCACUGGCAACUUUAGUUUGGAGUGACACUUUAAUUGGUAGUCACGAUCCUUUGGUAGAGCAAUAUAUUGAUUACUCUUAUUAUCAUCUGUACUUGCUUCUCGAUUGCAAUGGUGUGAAAUGGGUUGAUGACGGAGAGCUACGUCUUAUCGAAGAUUCCAACGAGAGAAUAGAUUUCCAAGCUCGACUUGAGCAACAACUCAAAAAGAGAUCCAUACCUUAUCACAUUGUAAAGGGUGAUCUCGAGCAACGCGAGAAAACAUCGAUCAACAUCAUAAAUGAACUCAUCUCAAAAACCAGACUCAAUAACCAAUAG